UAUUAAAGUUGUUAGUCACGUUGCUGUGCUUGGGGCUGCAGUGCGGCCUGGGCCAGACAGCUGCUGUCGAUCUGGAGAGCGCGAGCAGCAGCAGCAGCAGUGAAGCUACUCGCGAUUGGUGGCAGGUGGCACAGUUUUAUCAGAUCUAUCCACGCUCCUUCAAGGAUUCGAAUGGCGAUGGUAUCGGCGAUUUGCAGGGCAUCAUUUCCAAGCUAGAUUAUCUCAAGGAUCUGGGCGUUACGGCCACUUGGCUGUCGCCCAUUUAUACCUCGCCCAUGGCUGACUUUGGCUAUGACAUAGCCGAUUUCUUUGACAUUCAGGCGGAAUACGGCACUCUAACGGACUUUGAUGAGCUCAUUGCGGCUGCAAACGAACGUGGACUUAAGAUCAUACUCGACUUUGUGCCCAACCACUCGAGUGAUGAGAACGUCUGGUUCCAAAAAUCAGUGCGUCGCGAGAAGGGCUACGAGGAUUAUUAUGUGUGGCACGAUGGCUACUUGAAUGCCACCACUGGCCAGCGUGAACCGCCGUCCAACUGGCUGCAGGCCUUCCGAGGCAGCGCCUGGGAGUGGAACGAGCAACGUGGCCAAUAUUACCUGCAUCAGUUUGCUGUAAAGCAGCCCGAUCUUAACUAUCGCAAUCCCGCGGUGGUGGCCCAAAUGAAGCGCGUCCUCACUUACUGGCUGGAUCGUGGCGUUGCCGGCUUUCGCAUCGACGCCGUGCCCUGGUGCUUCGAGGUGGUGCCCGACGCUCAGGGUCGGUACCCUGACGAGCCGCUGAGCGGCUAUACGGAUGACCCAGAUGAUUCGUCCUACCUGAAGCACAUAUAUACCCAGGAUCAACCCGAAACCGUGGACAUGGUGUAUCAGUGGCGGCAGCUGCUCGAUGACUACAAGCGCAUACAUGGCGGCGAUACGCGCGUCCUUAUGGUGGAGACCUAUUCGGCCGUGGACUAUGUAAUGAAGUUCUAUGGCAAUCGCACCACAAAGGGCGCUCAAAUACCCUUCAAUUUUCAAUUUAUUGUCGGCGGGCAAGGCGAUAAGAACAACACGGAACUGAAUGCUGUCGGCUUUGUGAAGAUCAUUAAUAGCUGGCUAAGCCAGAUGCCAGCGGGCCAGACAGCAAACUGGGUGAUGGGAAACCAUGACCAGCGUCGCGUGGGCAGUCGCUAUGGAGAGGAUCGCAUCGAUUUGAUGAAUAUGCUGCAAAUGUUUUUGCCUGGGGUGAGCAUUACGUACCAGGGUGAGGAGUUGGGCAUGACGGAUCUGGAUAUAAGCUGGGAAGACACGCGUGAUCCGGCUGCCUGCAAUUCUAAUGAGAACAUUUACGAGCAGUUCACGCGAGAUCCCGCCAGAACGCCCUUCCAGUGGAGCAGCGAGCAGAACGCUGGCUUCUCCAGCAACAGCACCACCUGGCUGCCCAUCAAUCCGAACUAUGUGACCGUCAAUGUGGAGACAGAGAGUGCCGCCAACUCCAGUCACCUCAAGCUGUACAAGCUGCUCGUGCAGCUGCGUCAGUCCAAGACACUCCAGUACGGAGCCACUCGUUAUGCAGCCGUCAACGACAACGUAGUGGCCAUCAAGAGAUCGUUAAGUGGACAGCCCACCUAUGUGCUAGUUGCCAAUGUGCUGGGUACCAGUGUCAGCGGCGUAGACGUGGCCAGCGCGCUCUAUGCCUCCGGCAGCUACAAGAUUACGCUGCUCAAUCCGCAAGCCCAGGCAACUGUGGGCGCCAGCGUCACGUUGAGCAGCCUGAGUUUGCCGCCAUAUGCGGCUCUGAUUGUGGAAUCUGUUUAGGUGUCCCUUAAAUUAUUUGCCUUGUCAUAAGUUAUCAAGAAUAUAUAUGUGUGUGUGCUCGCAUGUAAAAGUCA